UCUCCCAACAUAACUCUGCUUCACAUUUUGCAGGAUUAUGACUUGAGCCAGCUCCAGCAGCCUGACACUGUAGAACCAGACGCCAUCAAACCUGUUGGAAUCAGACGUCUUGAUGAAAGGCCAAUCCAUGCAGAACCUCAGUAUCCAGUCAGAUCAGCUGCUCCUCAUCCUGGGGACAUUGGGGACUUCAUUAACGAGGGACUUAAAGCAGCCGACAAUGACCCUACAGCCCCACCAUAUGAUUCCCUCUUAGUCUUUGACUAUGAAGGAAGUGGCUCCACUGCUGGAUCCUUGAGCUCUCUUAAUUCCUCAAGUAGUGGUGGUGAGCAAGACUAUGACUACCUAAAUGACUGGGGCCCACGUUUCAAGAAACUUGCUGACAUGUACGGUGGAGGUGAUGACUGAACUUCAAAGUGAACUUUGUUUUUGGACAAGUACAAACAUUUCAACUGAUAUUCCCCAAAAGCAUACAGAAGCUAGGCUUUAACUUUGUAGUCUACUAGCACAAGUGCUUGCUGAAGGCUUUGGCAUAGGCUGCAAACCAGUUUGGGCUCCGUGGAAUAUCAGUGAUCCAAUGCUGUUUGGAAAAAAAUAUUGAGCUCAGUUACACUUGAAUUUUACAGUACAGAAGCACUGGGAUUUUAUGUGCCUUUUUGUACCUUUUUCAGAUCGGAAUUAGUUUUAUGUUUAAGGCUUUAAUGGUACUGAUUUAUGAAAUGAUGCAUUAAAGAGACAAGAUAUGUUGGGGUGGGGAGGAGUAAGGUGAAUCACAAUAUGCUUCAAUAUGCUUUUGUUACAUCGCAUUGCUUUUAUUAAAAUAAGGAGACUGAAAAUUUAAAAAAAAAAUCCUCAUGGAACAAUUUUAUUAUAUGGAAGAGAAGACCAUGAGGUGGAACAAUGUACAUUACUUCUAGUUUUAGAUGUUAGGGGAUUUUUUUCACUAAAAUUCUAAAACUUAUGCAGCUGGUUGCAAAUAAAGGGAGUUUUCAUAUCACCGGUUUGUAGCAGAAUUGAUUUUUUUUCCUUACGCUAGAAUGUUAGACACAUUUUGGUCUAAAUCCAUGUACACUUUUUUUUUUUUUUUUUUUUUACUUUCUAGUACUUUUUUCCCACUUCACUGUAAAAAUGGUAUGUGUACAUAAUGUUUUAUUGGCAUAGUCUGUGGAGAAGUGCAGAAACUUCAGAACAUGUGUAUGUAUUAUUUGGUCUAUGGAUUCAGGUUUUUGCAUGUUUAUAUCUUUCGUUAUGGAUAAAGUAUUUACAAAACAGGUUGCAAACAAGUGACAUUGAAUCAAUUGUUGAACUGUAGUUAGAGUACUCAAUAUUUUUUUUAUUUUUAUUUUUAUUAUUUUUUUUUUUGUUUGGGGAGGGAAAAAAGUUCUUAGCACAAAAGUUUUACAUAAUUUGUACCAAAAAAGGGGGGGAGGGAAGUUGGCCUAAUACUGGUGGCACGAGUAAAUAUACAGUAUGUUUUGGGGGUGGGGAGGGAAGGGGGAAGGAGCUUUCAAACUGGAGAGACUUCUGAGAACAGCUUUGCCUCUGUAUUGUGUACCAGAAUAUGAAUGAUACACCUCUGACCCCAACGUUCUGAAUAAAAUGCUAAUUUUGGA